AAAAGUAGAACGUUUAUUUUAUUAUGCUUCAUUAUCCCGUUUAUGUAUUUUUAUUGGCAUCCAUGUAACCAUCAUUGGCUAGCAACCUCAUCAAAGUUAGAUCCAGUGAGCUUCAAGAAAGCCUCCUUAUACUUGUCCGAUGUGGCCCUGCAGAUAUCCUCGGGCAGGGUGACGCCCUCCUUGCCCUUGAGGCCCUCCUUGAUCAACCAGUUACGAAUGAACUGCUUGUCAAAGCUGUCCUGUUCCUUGCCGACCUCGUAUGUGUCUUGGCGCCAAAAGCGAGAAGAAUCCGGGGUCAGAACUUCAUCAACAAGGUAAAGGUUGCCCUCGGCAUCCUUGGCAAACUCAAACUUGGUGUCGGCAAUGAUGAUGCCACGCUCAGCGGCGUACUCAGCAGCGUUGGUGUAAAUCUUAAGAGCAAGCUGGUGGACCUUAUCAGCGAGGUCCUUGUCGCCAAUCUCCUUCCACGCAUCGUCGGGAUGGAUGUUCUCAUCGUGUUCGCCAGCAGGGGCCUUGGUGCUAGGCGUGUAAAUGGCCUGGGGGAACUUUUCAGAGAGCUGCAUGCCAGCAGGCAUCUGAAUGCCGUGGACAGUACCCUUGGCCUGGUACUCUUUGUAGGCGCUGCCGGUCAAGUAGCCGCGGACAAUGGCCUCAAUGGGAAGAACCUCGAGCUUGCGGACAAGCAUGCUUCUGUUCUUGACCUGGGCAGCCUCGGCAGCGGGGACAGAGGCCGGAAGGUCAGUGCCAAUGAAGUGUGUCUUGAGGUCAGGGAUACGCUCAGUCAAGACCUUGAACCAGUGAGCAGAGGCGAGAGUGAGGAUGGCACCCUUGUUGGGAAUGCCAUUCUCCAUGACGACGUCAAAGGCCGAGACUCUGUCUGAGGCGACGAAGAGCAGGUUGUCGGAGUUGGGGACGACGAAGAGAUCGCGAACCUUGCCGGAGGCAAUCUUCUCCAUGGAGGGAAGGUUAAUUGUGGUGAGAGCCAUGAUUUCUAUGUGGUCGUGGGUUGAGUUUUGGUGAGUUGCGCUUGAAGCGAGGCGUGGACGAAGUUCAAGGUUGUGAAAUUUUAUAUGCCGUUUUAAGGCGUGCGAGUCACUGAGCGAAUUUUGCAGGCGGCGUGCAGUGCUGGCCCCCACUGAUGGGCAAAGGGCGCAGACAAAGACAGACGCUAGCGAAGUCGGUAUAGCAUUUGUAAUUUUUAUUAAAAUAACUUCACCAAACUUGAAUUAUAGACAAAGUGUUUCUUGUUCUUUCUGUCGUUGCAUAUCUGGCAAGGGUCGUGGUCGGACUGGCUUACAGCCCUGUCUGCCGGCUUACACGAGCUGCCCUUGUUGGCUCAUAGCACUGACAGCACAUCCCAGCGUGGGCGACAGUCAGGGUAAGUAGAGGGCCAUUCCUAGCCAUACAAGCUGUUUAACGUGUUAACCUUGCCUGGUGCUAUUUAGUUGGCAUUUUAUUUCUGCAGCAAUUCGCCCUACCCAUGGACGGCUUCUAGAAGCCAAGCUCCAUGACACCAUGCUGACCACCACCCGCACCGCUACACUAAUGUAUUUAAUUGCGAGAUUUGGCGAUCGUACGUGCACCAGCCAUACAUAACCCUCGGAUACAGGUCCCAAAAAACGCCCAUCAGCAAACAGCUGAGUUCAGCUCGGGAUGCCAUGCACCGUUUCUGCAACAUCACGUGACUGCUCUCACUCACGCCUCAGUUGGGCCAGUGCCAAUAUACCUCGGAAGUUCAGAACGGAAAAUUCCCAACGUGGAUUUCAAUCCGCUCUGAUCCUGAAAACUUGCAGCAUGAGGCCUUCGUGAACCCUCGCCCAUUCGCUCCCUUCUCCUCCGAAAGCCCAUUCCCGUGAUCGGAGCCUCUCUCUUCACUCGGCCGAUCAGAUCCUUCCCGAUUGCUGGCGCGCUGAAACGCCUUUUCUGCCCCCAUCCACAGCAAUUCCCCCGGCAGGCAAAAACUGGCCCAGGACAAUCCACACCACCCCCAUUGUUUGUGCCACGCCGUUGCAGCACAUCGCCAGCACCAGGGACGCAAAGCAUCGUCACCAAAAAAAAAAUCGCCAUGCAGUCCGACGGUGGUGACAGUCCAAUGGCGGGUGCUGGUGAAAAGCAGCCCGCCUUGGGACCGCAGGGUCAGCCCAUCAAGCGCAGAGCGCCCAUUGCGUGCCGCAGAUGUAGGCGAAUGAGAAGCAAAUGUAUCCAUGAAAAAGCACAGCCGCCGUGCAAGUCGUGCCGUGAGGCAGGAUUGGAUGCGGAAGACUGCCAGUUCACUGCCAGAGGCCAGCCAGACAAUGAUCGUGAUUAUCGCCAUCCAAGAACAAGAUCAGAUAAGAAGCCGUCGUCCAAGGCUGCCCGUAAACCAGAGGCGGCCUUUGAUCCUUGGGCGGGCUUGCCCCCCGUCCCUGACCUGGUGGAUGGCGUCAACCGCUUCACGCGGUACUACUUCCAGUUGGGAUUUCUCAACAAAGUCCAGUUCCCUGAGAAACUACUCAGCAACCCCAAAAGUGUCAAUGUCUUCCUUGUGCUCUCUAUCCUCAGCAUCUCGGCCCGUCUCAGUCCGUGCCUACGAGAUCGUUACGGAACAGGCAUCCACGCCGCCGAGUUCUUCAUGGAAAAGGCGCAGGACGUGGCCACUCGUGAAGUAUACGCAGAGCCUACUCUUGAGCGCUGUCAGGCCUUUUAUCUACUCAGCAUUGCACAGCAAGGCAGCGGACUCCGCAACAAAAGCUAUAUCAACAUGGGCAUCGCCGUCCGCAUGGCCACUCUCAUGAUGCUGCAUCGUGAAGAAACAUACCAAAUGCAAAAUCCUACUCCCGAGCUCGUCAUGCGUGCUGAAUCAGCCCGGCGCACUCUUUGGAUGCUUCACAGCCAAGAUAGCCUUCAUUCAGGGCCGUUAUCGCCCGUAACCCUCGCUGCAUCAGACAUCACAACUCUGCUUCCCUGCGAUGAACAAUCCUUCUCCCAGGGCAUCGAGCCCAAAUCCCGCGCUGCCCUGGACGGCACCCCUCCUGCCAUUGAGAACCCAGCUCUCAUCAACGACCCGAACCGCUCCCUCUUCGCCUCUCUGAUGCAGCUCCACCACCUUUGGGGCAUCGUCGGUCGCCGAGCAGUCACUUAUGGCAAAAGCUCGCGGCCGUGGGAGCCAACCAGCGGCUUCUCACGCAUGGCUUACACCCUGUCUCAAUGGGAAGCCUCUCUGCCGCACGAACAUACAUGGAGCGCGGCAAACUUGAAAAAGCACAAAGCUGACGGCGAAGAUCUCGCAUAUCUCUGUGUCACAAUGAUGACUCGCCUCUGUAACAUUGUCCUCCGCCGCCCAUACCUCAUAGACGUUAUCAAACGAGACCACAAGGAUCCCGCACGCCACCACUUCUUUACCACCCUAUCUGCAGAUCUCUUCCGCAACGUCGAGGAACUCUACGUCCAGAUCGACGCCCAGUUUACUGACCGCACGCCCGACGAGAGUGUCGGUGCUCAAAUUGCCGCCUUCUGCGUCUACUCGUGUGGUCUCUUUGCUACAUAUCUCUGCAAAUACCCUUCCAUCUGUCCCAACACAUCCACCUCGCAAAAGGGCCCAAUCAUGCUUCGCCGCACCGUAGCUAUCCUCAUGGAAUGCAAGGACGUCUGGCCACUGGCUGCUCGUUGGGCCGACGCACUCGACAAGUUCUCACAAGACCCCAAGGCAAUUCCAUCACAGUCGUCCAUGGACGAUGGAAAGGAUCCGAUCCCACAACCCAUUCACCCUCUGCAGCUUCCGCCACUUAAAGCCGUCACGGCUAUCCCUCCCGCCGCCCAAGAGCGCACCCUACCGCUGCCUAUUCCAACACCAGCAAUCUCCCCAUCAACCCAGUCGCCGGCUCUUCUUCCUUCGCCUCGAACAUCACAUCCUACCCAUCCGUCUUACCCGCAACCACAGCCUCAGCCUCAGCAAGCCAUAGUGAACCAGCCCUUCCAACCAGGUUUGCCCUCUGACUCUCUUCAACAUUACAACGCUCCCCAGUCGCAGUUCCAAUACCAGCAGCAAUUCCCCCAACCACAACAGCAACAACACCAGCAGCCAUAUCUACCUCCAGCAGCACAUGGCCGUUCCUCUGUAGAUGGCAUGGGGAUGCUAGUCAGUCCGUUUGAGAGCAGCGCUCCUCCCACGCCGCAUCUGCUACAGGGCCCUGCGAUGGGAUCUGUUGCCGGUAUGACUGCAGCUGCUGCGGCUGCUGCUGGACAGUACUUCCCACAAAUACCAGUCGUCAACGAUGGUUAUGAUGGAGAAUUGCAGUUCUACAUUGAAGGCGGGCAACCAACCUGGACAAUGGGCAUGGAUACGUUUUCGGGUUCAACAUUCUAACCAUGUCAUUUACAUAUACUCGCCAAUUUUGUCUGUACAUAGUUAAGACAUUUAGAUUCACAGCACAUAGAUGAACAGAUUCUUCAAUAUAAGGGGUUCAAAUAAGCCUCUAUAAACCAGGCCCAAUUCUUCAUUUCUGAAUACUUGUUUGCAUUUACAGAACGCUAUUAUCCUCCCGGAACAACUCAACCACGAUCACUUUCUUCGGUGCGGCUCCAAAAUGUAGCCUCCUCAAGAAGCAACCGCACAGGGACAACGCAAAACGGGGGGUUAAAAAAGAAACUUAAAGAAAAACAAAUCCAGUACUCCGGUUGUUUUCCCUCUCUACAUGACUUUUGAGUUUGUCGCCGUCGCAUAAUCUAGCGCGUGACAUUACAUGACUUCUCUAUUCCAUCCAUGUGGCUUAAACAUUGCGAAAAAAAAAAAAAAGACCAAUAAAACCAAUAAAAAACAAAACGCGAUGAAAAACUUGUGCUGGGCAGAGGGGGGUGUGCAAUGAAUGGGUGAUAUGAAGGGGAACUAAAGGCGUAAUAUGGGUAACUUUAUGAAGUGAGUUAAGAAAUAUGUAAGACAGAUAGUUGCCUGGGGGGAAGGUGUCCGUGUAGUGAUGUGUAGCGUCGUGAUUGGGGUAUUUGGAUGACGGUGAUGAGGGAUCUAUUUACAUUAAUAAAGGCGUGGGGAUCGUAGGGGGUUGUUGUGACGUGGUGCAGGGGAAUGGGGAUGUGGUUUGGGUUUGCCAGUCAAGAGCAAAAGGCGUUUAAGCCAUGGUGCUCUGACCAAGCUGACGCUUGACCUGCUCGCGGGCCCAGCGGGCAGUCUCAAUGGUUCGUGGCUGGUAGUCACGGUUGGUCUUGGUCUGCUUGAUCAUGGUGGUGAGCCAGUCCUGGCGGAAAGCAUCAACAAGCUCGCCGUUGGGGUAAGCCUCGGCAAGAUCGCCAAUGACACCCAUGGAGGCACGGAGCAGAGACUCGGUGCGGUUGUCGUCGCUAGCAAUCAAACCAAGCAGCUGGAAGACAUGGGGUAUGUACUGCUGCAGUGCCUGAGUCUUGCCGCUGGACUUCAUGGCGCCAAUGAUGCCUCCCCAGGCAUCCAUAAUGCCCUCGCGGAGGGAAAUGACGUAGUCAAUCAUCUCAUAAGGACCAUCGGGGGCCGCGGUGAUGGUAGAGGCCUGUUCAAGGACCUGGGCGACAACGGUCAAGUAUGUCUCAAAGUGACCGGUAAUGGCGCCAGCAAUGUCACCAAAGCACUGUAGGAUGGCGGGCUUGAACUGGUUGCCCAACGUGGUGCUACGCAGGUUGUUGAGCAGGUGGUUCAUAAAGUUGUCGCAGUACGGCUGGCUGCGCUCGCCAAGAGAACGAGUAAUGUCGCUGACAAGGCCGAUAGCCAUGGAGCAGAGAGCAGGCUCGUCCUGGUUGCCGAGAGCGUUGUAGAGGAAGGGAGAGAAAGCCUCCAUGUAGUUGACAAAGUCCUCCUCCAUGGCAGUGGACAAAGCGCUAAUGACAGCAAAGACGGACUCGGGGACCGAGGACUUGUUGCCGACAGUAGACAGGAUCUGGAGAGCAAUCUGCAUGAUGCGGUCACCCUGGGGAAUGAUUUCCUUGUCAAGGCGGGAGAUGAUGGCCUGAAGAACAGAGCACAAGCUGUUCUGCAUCUCUUCAAGAGUCAUCUUAUCUUCAACGCUGACGACCUGCUGCUGAAGGGGAAUAGUCUCCUCAAGUCUCUUGACAAUCACGUCAGAGAGGGAGGCAACGGCCUGCAGGCUGUCGGUGGCGGCACUCUGAACAAAGGUGUUGAGAACCUCGUACGCAGCAGUGCGGACAGAGGUCUCAGCAUCCUGACGGCUGGUGACAUCGAGAAGCGAAGUGACAGCCUGGUUGAAGUGAGGGCUGAGGGCGUUGGUGGCAGCACCAAAGUCGCCGGCAAAGCGCUCGGCCAAGUUCAUGAGAGCCCAGCAGCAGGAAGGAGCCAUCUUGGAGCUGCUGAUGAGACCCUUGAAGAGAGACUCAAUCAAGGUAGGGAGAUGCUGCUGGGGGUCAAUAGACUCUGAGCAAGCAGCAGUGAGGCGGCCCAGAGCAUAGGCAGUGGAGUCCUUGACCUGGAGGGAAGAAUCGUCCAUCAUGGUAAUGAGCAGGGGCAAGGCCUGCUUGACAAUAGGGUCAAGGACCUUCUCCUCAGGACCCUCCAUGAUGGCACCAAAGGCCGAAACGGCAGCAUCACGCUCGUGCCAGUCCUGGGAGUGGACGUUGUUUUCGACAAAAGCAAGGACGGGGGCGAUGAUGCUGGCGGUGACAGCCUGAGAGUAGAGCUGCAAGCACUGGUAGGCGGCUCUGGCGAUGUUGUAUUCGUCGUCGGUAGCAUCCUCAUCCUGCUUAGUGAGGAGGAGGAGAAGGACGGGAACAACCUCGUUAGCAGCAACACGGGCAAAGUUGUAAAAGGGACGCAUCUGGUCGGAGCUUUCGACCUGAGCGUUGUCAUCUUCAAUGGAAAGUUCCUCUUCACAGACGGUGCUCCAGAAUUCAACAGCGAGCUUAGCAACGUCCUCAUCCUCGGACUUCAUACCGAGAAUGGUGAGGCCAAAGAGAGCCUUCUCCAUGUAAUAGCGCAUGUUUUCGUAGUAGAGAGCCAUGAUUCUGUUGAGGCAGCCGAAAGCGCCCUGCUGGAUGCGAGAGUCCUCGGCCUGUGUGGCCUCGCAGACAACCUGCAUAAUGUAGUUUCGCUCGCCCUCAUGCUUGAAGUUAUUGGCAAUGAAUUCGAGGGAGUCACCGAGAGCGGUGAUGGCGGACAGGCGAACUUCGGCGUUGGUCUCCUCUUUGCGGGCACCCUGGACGACAGCUGUGAGGAUAGCGUUGGAGUGUGCGCCGAGAGCUUCGCGAAGAGAUGAGUCUUGGCUUUCGCAGAUGUAACCAAUUGUUGUGAGAGAGGCCUGCUUCUGGUGGUCGGCGCCUUCCGUCACAUUCUUGACGAGAAAAGGCAAAAGGUCGUUCCACUGAUCGCGAGGCAGCUCGAUGACGGCGAUGGAUGAGACGACCUGGGCGGCGGCAUUGCCAGCCUGGUUGUUGUUAGAUGACAGGGUUUGCAGUGUGAGCUGCUUAACGCGGUUCUUUGUUUCAUCGUCCGUCUGCUGGAGCCAUUUGGCCUGAAGGUCCUGUUGGCGCGCUGCGUCGCGUGCUGUGAAGGCGUUCUUGAGGGCGAGACCGGCGGCGGCACGGAUAGAGCCGACAGCCUGUUCGUUGGCGAGUUCUUGGACGAGGGUGGCAAGGUAGAGAGGCUGUAGGAGAGGUUAGUCAUAUGUGCAAAGGAGCGCAAGCAAGGCCAGGCCAAAACGCAGCGUAGUUUGGCCAAGGCCGAUGUUUGGCUGCGUUCCGGUCGAAGCGUUCUCGAG